AAUGGCGGCGUUCGAGAAGCAAAAAGUGGCAUGUCUGUCGCAAGUUGAUCUUAGUAAGAAGGGGAGCAUAGAUGACCAAAUCAAGGACUUAGUACAAUACAUUAACGCUAAAGAAAACUUUUUUACGACAAGUUCUUGUUCUGGAAGAAUAUCCAUUUUCUCCGAGCUGGCAGAUCAGAAGAAAAAACAAUGCGAAUGGCUCUAUGUUACCCAUGAUGCAGCUAUAAAAGAAGAAGUUAUCAAUUCCUUGAAGGACUGUAAAGGAAGUGCUGUGUUCAAGUUUGAACCAUUUGUUUUACAUGUUCAGUGCAGGAAUCUUGAAUGUGGACAACAAAUGCUCAAAGCUGCACUUAUAUCUGGCUUUAAGAAUUCUGGAAUUGUCAUUGGCAGGAAGGCCAAUGUGAUUGUGGCAGUGAGAAGUACGCAGAGCUUAGAAGUCCCACUUGUUCACUUGGGAGAACAAAUGGUGUCACAUAAGUAUGUAGAGUUCCUGGUGGAUAUUGCAAACAAUAAACUUGAAGAUAAUCAAACAAGAAUAGACAGAUUUUUCAAGAACCUCAAGGACGUAUUACAUAAUCAUAGCCUCAGUGACAGCACAUCUCAGAAAACAGACCCAAAACAAACUACUGACACCAGAAAAGAUGAACUUUUUACUGAAGUUACAAGAACCUCCCAGAAAUCAAAUGCUGAUAACUUUGUACAUUUAAAUGAUAAUGAUGUGCUUGACUGCUUGGCCUCUUUCUAUGGGGAUGUGUCAUGAUCUUUAUUGUUUGGGCCAGGUUUAGGUAACUGUGCACAGUUGAGCCCAGAUCAAAGAGCAACCUUUUAGCGCUAAGAAAAUUAGGAAAAUUGGCUCACUUCUCUUAAUUUUGGAAAUUAUAGGGGAAAUUGUUACUUAUCAUCAGAACAUGGCACUGUUGUAGGAGAUCUUUCUUGCAAUAUUGUUUGAUUCUUAACUGAGUGUUAAUGGCAAAAGGACCAGUGAGGGCCUGAUGCUGCAAGAUUCAGUGCACUGAAGACUCUUUCAUUUGAUUCUGACUGGUCAGUUGUGUCAUGACUGAUCCCAAUAAAGAUUGAGGAAAGCAAGUAAA